AUGUGCGUCAUUGACAACCUCGUCUCGUUGCCGCUGCCACUCGAGGACAUUGACAAGGGCGUGGCCGUGGUGUUCAACCUCGGACGGGAGUGGAACACGAAUCUGAACCUUUCGCGCGAGGUUCUCGUCGGAAUCUUCAACGGAACCUACCUGCGCUGGAACAACCCAUCCAUACAGUCGAUCAACCCGACCGUUAUCAUGCCCGAGAAAGACAUCCUGGUCGUCGUGCGCGCAGACGACUCAGGAACGACGGGAAUCUUCACGCAUGCGCUAAGCGCCUUCUCGCCACAUUGGAACACGACCUUCGGAAAAUUCAGCGAAGGUCAGAACAAAGAUGACGUCUCACGCUGGAACGACAGCGUCAUCAGCUACUACGGAACGAAGUCGCUAGGUGUCACUGGCAUCGUCAUGUCGAUCGUCGGCACGAUCACCUACGUCUCUCUCGCCGACGCGCUGGAAGCCAGCCAAGGGGCUCAGCUGCCGAUGGCGGCUAUCGCCUCGAGGCAGUUUAACUUCGUAUUUCCGACGCUCGAGUCCGUACAGCUGGCGGCUGAGUACUACUCCGACAGCUUCGACAAACAUUUCACCACCGACCUUGUCGACCCAGGCACCGCUGACGCGUACCCGAUCUCCGGUUACACCUACUUUAUCAUCAGAAUGGAUACGGACACCAAGUGCGACGCGUGCAAGGAACUUAUCCGCUACAUAGACUGGUUCAUGAACGACGAGUCGGCGCGCACUCUGGCGAGCGACCUCGGCCUGACCCCGCUCGGCGAGCGCGUGCGCAGUGCGGUGCACGAUCACGUGUUGUCUCGCGUCAGCUGCGGCGGGGCUGUCAUGUGGGAGCUGGUGCAGGCCGACCGACACUGGGAGGUCGUGCAGCAGCAGAAGUGGCGCGUGCCUGUGUUCGUGCUGGUGCCGCUGAUCGCCGCCACCGUCAUCGCGAUGGCCGUCUACCUGGGCCACGUCUACGUGCGCACCAACCGCGCGCUGAUGCGCAGCGAGUGGCGAAUCCCGCCCGAAGACAUCCAGCCCAUCAACACCUUCGUCUCGCUCAUCUCACAGAGAGUCCUUGGCGACGGCACCCCGGUGAGCAGCAGCGGCAGCUUGCGGCAGCCAGAGCGGGCAACGCCGUUCGUCGUCGCGCUCUACCGCGACGAGCGCGUCUUCCUGCGUCCGACCAGCGUCAAGCUGGCUGCGUCGCUCAGCAAAGAAGCGCGUCGCACGUUGAUCUGGUUCAAGGACGGCGUGACGCACGUAAACGUGAUGCGCUUUUACGGGGCGACGGUGCAAGCCGACGAGUACAGGCUCGUGUCGGAGUGCUGCGCGAAGGGCGCGCUCGCCGACGUGCUGCGCUCUCAGCGCUACAACCUCGACGCGCCGUUCCUCUUCUCGCUGGCUGCCGACGUCGCUGCGGGCAUGGCGUACUUACACGGCAUCGGCAUCGUGCAUGGCAUGCUGCGACCGCAGGUCUGCUUCAUCGACAUCCGCUGGAACGUGAAGGUCGCCGACUGGGAGUACGCGCGCUGGAACGCGGCACUGCGGCGCGGAGCGCGACGUCGCGACGCCGUCUACCCGCAGCAGAACGACGAUGAGGCGCGCAGCCAGCUGACGAGUGAGCGCCACCUGCUCUACCACUCACCCGAGCGGCUGGUGGCGGCGCAGCGGGGCAGCCUGCACGCCCUCGCCAAGCCCGACGACGUCUACAGCUACGGCAUCCUCGCCUACGAAAUCUUCAUGCGUGGCGACGCCUACGAUGACGUCGGCAGCACGAUGUCGCUGCAGGACAUUGUCGCCGCCGUCGGCGCGCGCUACCUGCGGCCGGCGUACGCGAAGCACAUUCCACGUAACGUAUUCUACGUCGUCGAGUCGUGCUGGCACGACCAGGCGAGCACUCGGCCGACGUUCUCACACAUCGGCAAGCGACUGAAGGCGUGCAACCCGACGAAGAAGAGCCUGCUCGACAAUAUGAUGCUGGCGCUCGAAGAGUACACGCUGCAGCUGGAGGAGAAAGUCGCUGAGCGCACCGCCGAGCUCGCACAAGUCACGAGCAACAUGGAGAAGCUGCUCGGAAGCAUGCUGCCGCCAGAGAUCGCUGCGAAGCUGUCCAGCGGCCGCCAGGUGGAGCCGGAGUACUUCGAAGACGUCAGCGUCUUCUUCUCGGACAUCGUCGGUUUUACGUCGCUGUCGGCGGCGUCGUCACCUCUACAGGUCGUCAACCUGCUCAAUCACGUCUACACUCACUUCGAUUCGAUUAUUGAGAACCAUGACGUCUAUAAGGUGGAGACGAUCGGAGACGCCUACAUGGUCAUCUCGGGUCUGCCGCGACGCACGCGCCACCACGCGGCGCACAUCGCCAACAUGGCGCUCGAGUUCGUCGCGCGGCGCGUCUGCGUGCCGCACGUACCGGAACAAGACGUCGUGCUGCGCUGCGGCGUCGCCAGCGGCUCGGUGAUGGCCGGUGUUGUCGGCUUGAAGAUGCCACGCUACUGUCUGUUCGGCGACACGGUAAACACGGCGUCGCGCAUGGAGUCGACGUCGCUACCGUCCCGUAUACAGAUAACGGCUGCUACGCAUGCGCAUUUGACGCUGAGAGGCGGAUACGUGACGUCACCGAGGGGAGAGGUCGAGAUUAAGGGUAAGGGAACGAUGAAGACAUACUGGCUGGAGGGAAAGCUUUCGGAUGGUGGCGUACGGGAACUCUCGUUGGAAUCCAUAGCGGAGAAAUCUAUAUGAUGCAGACAGCGCCCUCUGUUAUGAGGAAAGUGCCGUUCGACCAAGUGACGUCGAUAUUUUUAUAAUUAAGUUGCGCGUGUGUGU